CAGUUUUCUCAAUUGACAGUAGCUCAUGCUGUAGUUCGGAUCUGGAACUCGACGCACGGUCAGCAACGGGCAGGUAGCUGCAGUCAUCGGAUGAUAUCCACGCCAAACAUCGGAAGCGCGUCGCAUCAUUGCAUCUCGGAUAUCCUGCACGAUGACUGUGCCUGCAGACCAGACGCUAUUCUUCUCACUGCCAUUAGAGCUACGCCAGCUGAUCUACAACUCUGUGCUUGCAUCACCUCAGCAUGGCCCACAACUAUUACGAACAUGUCGGGAGAUACAUUCAGAGGCACAAAAGUUCCUCUUCGAGAGACCACUCAACUUUCGAAGUCAGGUGGCCCUUUUUGAUUGGUUGGAUCAAGUACCGCACGAAUACCUAUCACAAACCAAGGAACUCUCCUUGAGCAUCCAGGAUGUGGACCUCAGAUCUCUACUAGAUGCAACUGCUCUAAUUAGCCAUCCAGGUGAUCCACCCCGGCUCUUGACGUGGGACCUUUACGAAGCAGAGCUAGACAAGCUUCACCGUGGCCUAAAUCAGCUACCAAAAAUCCAGAAGAUCACGAUCCGAGCGAUUGCAGGCCGACAGUCUUUUCUUUAUCGGGACUUUCUUAAGAAGUUUCUAGUACUUCUGACUUCUCUCUACCCCGACCUUUUGGAACUACGUCUGGAAGGUAACCUCCAUCACCAGGAUUUGUCUUUUCUGUCCAGGUUCUCAAGACUGCAAGCACUUUCAUUCGAUGGUUUCUGUGCCUCGUCCCCACUUGAGACGGCCAAAAUUCUUUCCGGAUUGGAACAUCUCACGAGCCUGUCACUGGUCUCCCAGAGUGCAAUGCUUGCAGCAGACUCACAUACUCACAGUACGUUUACUUCAAGACGUCAGUCCCUUACUGGAGAGGUUGUCAACGCGAUGAAUAAUCUCAAGUAUUUCUCAGUUACUGAGAUUAAUCCCGUCGCCGCACCAACGUUAUAUUUCACCCCUGAGGUCCUAGCAUCCUUGCAAAACCACAAGGGCUUGAAGGUAAUCAAAGUAUGCCUGUCACGAGCCCCCAGUCGUGAGACUAUGACAGCCUUGGAAAGGUUUCUGGAGCAUACCCGCAUCAACGUCCUGGAACUGGACUGGCCACAACUGCAUUUCCAUAUGCUGGAGACCUUUUCCCUGAUCCCCAAAGAUCUUGAGAAGCUUUGGGUACGAGUCAGAAGUGCAGCUGAUGCUGUUGAGAUGAUCCAGUCCAUCGCUAAGAGCCGAGGUGCUGGGGACCUUUGCGCCCUGGAUGAGCUCGUCCUUCUGCGCUCUAUGCAGACAUACAAUGAGCUCACAUCAGUCAUCAAUGAUGGGAAGGAUCUUCGUAGUAUGCAUUCUCGGUCCGGAGAUACGGAUGCCUCCAACAUCGUUCGCGCCCAGUCGCGCUUACAAAGUUUAGGCGUACGAGUCUCCUGGUGCACAGAAGCUUCGUAAUCUUGAGGCUCUUGCAGAAACCAUAAGAGUUUUGAGACACCACUAUGACGGAUGUUAGGCAUAGGGUUGUAGCUUCUUCUGGUUCAUGGUCGCACAACAUAUAGAUCACUUACAUAUACCCAAAAGCAACUUAAUGUUUAAUCUGUGCUGGCACAUCACUCCAAAAGCUCAAAUGUGAGCUGCUCUGCUGUUUCGACGUCUCACUUAUUUGCAAUGAACACCACCCAACUUACCUCACAAUUGAGCCUGAAUUGUGCUAGCGUUGUUUACCAAAAGUAUGUAUUUCUCCCUCGUAUUUGGCAGCGUUACCUGCAUUUUCCUCAGCAGGCCACAAUUUACGUAUUGCAAUAGCGAACGAACAGA